AUGUUUGAAGUGGCUGAUUUUGCUUCACAAGUGUGUGGAACUCACAAGCAGAUUGUUUGUGAUGUUCUGGAGCAUAAUUUUGAUCUGGACUUACAAAGUGGGAAAACUGAGCUGGCUGAAGAUAUUAUGGGUAAGUUAUGUACAGUUAGAAAAGUGGGUAAGUUAACUAGUUCAAAUUUAAAAAGAAGGGAGUUUGAAAAGGAAGCCUUCUUAAAAAAGUUAUGCCAAAGAAAGAAUCUGGCAGAGAUUUCCAGUAACCAAAUGGUCAUUCCAGCAUCACUUGAGCCAAAAUACCAAAGACUGAAAGAAGUAACAGAGAGAUUGGAUUGAAUUAGGAAAAAUAAAGAAAUUGACAUGUUUAUAACCAAGAAGACGAAGGAAGCUGAAAUGUGUGAAGUCAGACAAGUAGAACUUCAUUGUGACGAGAGAGAGAGCAUUUCUGAUGUGCUUCAUCCCAGGAAAAGAAAAGCAGUUCCUUUACUUCAAGAAGAUUCUGACGGAGAUCUGAGAAAAUAACAAGAUGUAAGAUGUGAAUCUCCACAUCUUGGCGGCCAAAAAUAAAAAUAAAUAAAAAAAUGAACCUGCUGACGAGGAAAAAGAGUCAGAGGAAGAGCCUGAUCUUCUCUCUGUUGAUAGCCAGUUGAACAUUUGCCGGAAAAUUAUUAAUGGCAUUAUGUGUGAUGACGUGCAGCAGAAGAGGUUCAUUCUUUCCAAACUUUCAAAAUGCUUUGCUGUUGACACUGGUUCUGAGAAGAAAUUCAAGCAAAUCCUUGCUGAAUACAGAUUAGACCUCCUAGCGCUCAUAGUUGAGGAAAAUGAUACUAUGAUUCACUCUGAAAAGACAGUGAUGUCCAUUGUGAACAAGCUCCUCUGUUGCUUACAUUUGAUUGAUGGCUUAGCUCACUAGGCGAAAACAACUAUUCUACUGUGGGAAAAGCUGAUUUUAGGAGAUGAGGAAGUAGGAACCCAUAGUUCUAACAUUGGGACAACUGAGUUUAAGGCUGGAACAGUGCGUUUGGUGAGAACUGUGAGUGAUGCUGUCCAAGAGCUUGGAUGGGCAGAGGACGGUCAGCUUGUUCCUUUCGAAACAUUUUUGGUCAGCAAAAGAGAAUUUGAUGAAGUGCCCUUAUCUCCAGCAGGUGGAACAGAAUUGACAAUCUGUUUCAUAAUAGUGCAGGGGUGUAUAGCAUCCAUUAUGAUAUGGUAGAGUUUGUCAGUAAGUACAGAGUUGAGAGUAGUUUGCUUGCAGCAGUUGCUGCUGAUUUGGAGGUUCAACAGUUCAAAGCAGGAUGCAGAGCUCUGGGUCUGAUUUUUAAGCUAAUCAUUGAUCCUCUAUGGAGAGUCCUGACUUCAAAGGGAAAUAUGUUGGAGAUGGAACUAAGAUACCAAACCCUUGUUACCAAACUGAAUGGCAGGGUAUUGGGAGAGACCUUGUUGAAGGAAAUUGACAGUUGUUUGAUGACAUUGAAGUGCCCAAGGACCUUGUGUUGGACAGGCUUACCAUGUGGACAGACCCAGACUUUUUUGAAUUGACCAUUCAGAUUGUUGAGUUGAUCUUAGCAAGUUUUCUGGAGGUAUGUGGUAAAAUGCCUGUCGAUCUAGAGCCAGCAUCAAAUAUUAAUGAUCGAUGUGGAAAGGAUUUGGGGGUAUUUGAAAAUCUGCAAAAGGCUAGGUCAAAUGCAGUCAGUGUUGCAUUUGUAACCUUUGACAUGUUCAAGAAGACUCGCACUUGGGAAUGGCUCCGGACAAUGGACAAAGAAAAAAAAACUGUCAGUGUUAAAGUCAAUAUAGAAAGCAGUGAGGCAAAAGAGAGUUUUGCCAAAAGGAAGAAGAGCCGUUGA